AUGGAUACAAAUAGUAGUAAGAAGAGAAAACGCCCUAAAGACGUUCCUUCGCAUACAAGGAUCCUGGCCGCCUGUGACGCAUGCCGCGUUAGCAAGACACGGUGCGACUCUGCUCGCCCGACGUGCGCAAAAUGCGCCGAGCGCGGCGUGGGCUGCCAUUAUCCUGAUAAAGAUCCAUUCUCAAUAUUCGAAACCUGGGGCAAGAAAAUUUUGACGGCCGUUGAAGAGCAGGGGCGUCUUCUGUCCAGCCUUUCAGAGGGUGGGAUUAGGAAUGGCCUCCAGCCGCGGCCCGACCAGCUGAAUCGCCUGCUGGACAUGGACGGAGACAAUCUCGAGACCAUGUCGCGAAAGGACACUCCUUGGACGCCAAUCACGGGCUCUGACAUGAUCCUGGGCUGGUCUGUCUUCCCGCAGGAGCGGCCGGUCAGCACGUUUCCCUCGUCAGAGUACGCCGAGAAGCCGAAGCCAUCCGACCUUGAAGUGUCAAACCCGUCACCAGAACGCAUGUUUGAGCUGCGGGACAUUUACAUGAGCAAGAUCCAGGGAAAGAAUCCCAUCGUCGAUGCUGACCAACUUGACGCUCACAUUGCAUACGUCCUGGAAAACGGCUUUGGUUGGUCGGCCACCUCAUGUCUUGUGCUCUUGGUGUUUGCGCUGGCCGCCGUCUGGGGCAACUAUCCCGAUGAUGAGCGGCGAAAUAUAGAGUCAGACGAGGAGCUGGAUCUCUAUCCCAGGCAGCGUGUCACCAUGGCCGUGCCUGAUCAUCGCAUGAGAGAGUCUCUGAUGUAUAUUGCCAUGGCACAGAAGCGAAUGUCUACGGCGUACCUGGACGAUUCGUUGCUCGGCGUCGUGUGUUUUUGUCUCUUUGGAAUGUGGUAUCAGUAUAACAUUGAACCAAUACCUGGGUGGAAAAUGUUUCGAACAGCGUCAAUGAUGUGGGAAGCAUACAACUUGAAGCAUUCCGAUGGCAAGACGCAGCGGCCGAAGCAGGAAGAGAGUCUUGAACAACGACUCUACUGGACGUGUCUCAAAUCCGAAUGUGAAGUACGGCACGAACUCAAUGGCCUCCCCUCGUGCACAUUACAAGAAUCAUCAUUCCCCUACGCCCUCCCUACGUUUCCCACAAUUGAGAGCUUCGGCCAAAGCCCCGUGGACAGCACCCGUCACGAGCAGUCCACCACUCUGUCCUACUACUACUACCUCGCCGAGAUAUCUCUCCGCCGCCUGCUCAACCGCACCCGCAGCGCCGCCACCGUACUAUCACCAAACAUCGACUCCCUUACCGCCUCCCAGCUCGCAGACACACUACAGAAACUUGAGGGCCAGCUACAGCAAUGGCUCGACUGUCUCCCUCCAGCUUUACGCUUCCACAUCCCGCCCGACUCACGACCAUCGCCCGACGAGCCCGAACUCGUCAAGCUCAUGCGCGAGCGGUACGCCGAGGUCCGCGAGCUCCUCUGUCGGGCUUACCUGUACAUGUGUCUCCACGGCGGCAUGCGUCUAACACGCUCACAAGUCGAAACCUUUGGUGCUCACGCUUCUCUAGGGUUAAGGCUGAGCAUCUAUCGGAUCCAGACGGAAAACGCCUUCUUCCGGCACCCCGGAUCGUGGGGAGCCUGCCGCGUGCGCUUCAACCACGCGCUGUGCCUGAUUGCGGCAUUUCGGGGCAAGCAGGCUGGGGUGGAGUCGGCGGCGCAUGUUGUCGUGCCACCGCUGUGGCGAGAAUGCGUGGGCAUGGUUCAGGAGAGGCUGGAGACAUGGGGGGAUCAGGGAGGGGGGAUAAGGGAGAUGGCUGUGUUGUUGGAUUGGCUGCUGAAGCAGUGA